UUCAAUAGAUACAUCGAGAGACUCCAGGCCAAGGUCUCUGUAACACUUGCCUAACAAUAUUUUCAAAGAGUUGAACAACAUAUCUCACAAUCGACAAUCAUCGAACUUCGAAGUGGGCAAAUACCUUUACACUGCGUGAAAGUCAGAACGAAUAAAUGGCAGACGCUACUUCGGAAAAGCAGAAUGGUUCGACUCCAAGCGUUCAAACCCCGCAUGGGCCGCGGACUCGCACCAUCCUGUGGUGUGUGCCACGUUCUUGUUCCACCGCCCUCACCAAGUGCCUGAGCUUUUGCAAAGAGACCGAGGUGUGGUUCGAACCCUACCUCUACUGCAAGGCGACAACCGACACAGUGAGGGAGGUAUUAGGCCUCCACCUUCCCCGUCAAUACAAGGGAAAUGAAGAACAGUUUAGGCAAGCUGGUGAUCUAUUCGACAAGAUUUGCCACUGUGAAGUAAGACCGGAAUAUUUAUCGUUUGCGUCAAUUGGUAAAUUCUUGGAAAGCUCCAGCGAACGUCAUGUAUUUGUCAAGGACAUGGCAUACGCUAUCACGCCGAAUGAAUACAUAUUUCUUCCUGAAGGUUACAAACACGUUUUCCUCAUUCGGCACCCACUUCGGGUGUUUCGUUCGUGGCGGAAGGCAAUGUUCGCUCAACAUUCGGCUCUCGGUCUACUGAAGGGCGAGGCCGCGGUCGAGGAGACGUACGACCUCGAGCGUGAUUGUCCAUAUUUAAACUCAGGUGGCCUUAUGAUCAAGGAUACUUACGACAUAUGGAAGUACGUCUGCGAAAAUCUAGACAGCGAUCCGAUUGUCAUCGACGGCGACGAUCUGCUGUCGAAGCCAGCAGAAGUGUUGCCGAAGUUCUGCAAAGCGAUUGGGCUUCCUUACGACGAGUCGCUAUUAUCGUGGGACGCUUCUGCCGAAAUUACGAAAAGCUGGAAGCUCCCGGCUGAUGGGCUUGUUGGAAAUCUGGUCCAUUUAUAUGGGACGGCCAUUUUGAGUGGGGAGUUUCUGGAGGCGAGUAAACCGCCCUCUCGUGACGAGGUUACCGCUGACGUCCUGAGAUGUAGCGAUGAGAUGAUGAAAUAUUAUGAAGAGAUGUAUGAAGCCCGCACAAAAUAGCAAAGUAGUUAUAUCGGCAUGAAUGGCCACAACACAGAAAUGUAUAAAAAGUCUCUGUCACAUGAUGUUUCUAAAGAUACCAUCUGGCUCCGUGUAAAGACUUUUGGUAUAGAGAAUAGAUGGCAAUGACGUCAUUAUUUUCCUUCCUGGGUAUGUUCUGGUGGAAAAGAUCCGUCGCUUUCACCACAGAACACCGGAUUCGACUCUUAAAAGUGCACGACUCGCCUUAAUCGUCGGCAGUGUUUAGCAUAACGAUAUGGAUCCUAUAAAUAUUGAAAACGUACAUAGUACUUGGUCCUAAUUCUGAAGCCAGGAGGGUGUAGCUGUUCGUAAGUUAACAGCGAUUGUAAGAACAAUUGGGGAACCUUUCUUACGCGCUCAAUAGUCACCAACGAACAUUUAAUGCUGAAUAACAUUUACCACAAGAGAGGAUCACCAGUCGUUCUCAAAGUUAUCGUAACUUAAAGGACA